AUGCUCAGCUGGGACGCCCUUGCGUCUUUUGGCACGUCUCGGUCUCCGGCCAGCCCCAGCCGCGCCGCUGUGGCCAGCGCAGCGGCCCGCCGGGUCCGAGCUGGCCGCCCCGCUGACGACUCCCAGAGGUUGGCCGUCGCGCUGAUCAGGGGCGUGGCGGCCGUCCCCGCGGGGCGCGAGAGGAGCAAGGUGUGCACGGCGCGGCGCGCGAGGAUUGUCUGUGGCAUCGAGUUGGCGCUGCAGGUGCUGGAGGCCAUGGAGGAGGCGCUGCGGUCCCCUUCAGUGCUGCGAGCUGGCCCGGACGGCGAGCCCUCGCCCGAGCUCCUCCGCCACCUGGAGGGCCUCGGGUGCGCCGCGAGCACGACCCGCGCCCUGGAGACUGCGGCCAGGACGCUGAGGACGCUCGAUUCGCCCAGCGCCGCAGAGCUGGAGUACACCGAGAUCGCCGAGCAGCUGAGCAUGAUCAGGGAGACCGUCCGGGACUUCACGGGCAUGAUCCUGGACGCGUGCAAGACGCACCGGCGACGACCCGAGCGGGCUGCGGAGCCCACAGCGUUCGCCCCAGCGGACAAGCUGGAGGCCCUGUCGGAGACGUGCAGCACGGCGUCGGACUCGAGGUCCGUGUGCGCCUCAGAGGUGUCGAGCGAUGCGGACUGCGACAGCAGGUGUUGCAGCAGCUCAGACGUGCUCGAGGUAGCGCGCGUGGAGCAGCUGGUGGAGCAGUACUGGGCGUGA